AUGCAGAUGUCGCUUGUGUACUCUAGAGAUGGAGCUGCUGCAAGCCUUUUGCUUUUGGAGCGUUUGAUUGAUGAGAUAGUCAAAGGAAAGUUCAGACCCGACAGCACUCGCAGUGGCCGUAUUGUUGAGUCACCAGAUGAGUUGCCGGGUCCCCAGCUUUGCAAAGUGAAAGUAGAAGUGGUUGAAUCAUCAGAUGACGAAGCAGCAAUUGAUGCAGAUGUUGCGCAGUCGUCUGACAGCACUUCCGACUCAAGCUCAUCUGACCAGGGCAUUCCUCAGGAUCACAGUUUGAACAAGGUAUAUACUGUCUUUGGUGGAGGCUUUACUUUAGGACAGGCCUCAUUGCUGCGGAGGCUCCACUUUGAGUCGACUACAUUGAUGAUAGCCUCGGUCAAGCAGAGAGUUGAUGGAGAGGCUUCAGAUCGACCUGACAGUGUCAAGCGCAUACCUGUCGCAGAAAAGCGCUAUAGGCUUGAACAGCAGGAACAGAGACUGGCGGGCAUAGCCAUCUCAGGUGAGCUGGAACCAUCGCACCAGUUGCUUGACCUUACAAACAAUGUGUUGGAGACGGGGUCAAUCGUUUGGAUAGCCCCAUCGAGAUGCACCAAAAGGUCGGAAGAAGUUCAGUUGUCGAUCAAGGAGCGGCCGUCUUCAGUGCAAGUGGAGAACCAGCAGCUCAAGAUCGCCCAGAUAUCAGAAGAUUUCAAAGCAGAUUGUGGAAGUGAGAUAAAACUCCAAUGGUGCUUGCAGAGACGAGGCAUUGCAAUGGAUCAAUGCCAACUGCUGACAUGGGCCACUCACGAAGCCUGGGUACAACAGCUUUUUCGAACGCUUAGCCAACAAGCUCCUCCAAACUUCCACCCAGUGAGGAUGGACCAGUUGGUGCGUGCAGAUCGAGAGUUGUGGACCUUGCUGGCACAAGAGCACAAGGGAACACUGAAAGUGAAUGCGGCCGGCGAGAUUCCGCUGGAAGGCCUUUUCAAGCGCUUUUGUCAAGAUCCUCGCAUUACCAUGUUCCUUUUGCCUGCUCCUGCCGGGGCCAAAACAACAGACAAGGAGAACAUCACGAAGAGACCAACUGUGGUAAACGGAAGUCAGUAUCACCUAGUGCAGCUGGGCUCCAACAACCAGCUAGAAAGAAACGGGGUGGAAAAGGAGACCACAAUGUUCAACACAUUGGUCCAGUUGCCCCACAAGUUUCACAUGCUCCUUCGGUUCAUGUCGAAGAUUCAGGAUCAGACUCAAGUGGAUGAGUUGUGCAAGUUUUUAGAAGAGGAAGCAGACAAUGUUGCGGCGUACCCUUUUGUGCUGUGCGAGCGGAUCAUUGAUUGCAUCAAACACAAAGUGCUAUCGUAUGGGGCCAUACAGUCCAACAACUUAGAGCAGCAACUCCAGCAGCCAGACGCCGAUGCAGCUGGCCGCAUUGCCCUUGGUUCACUGCCCCGAGGUGCCAAAGUUAAGCCGCUGGUUGCAGAGUUUGGUUCCUUUACAGCAGCUGUUGCGCCUGUACAACAGUCACUUUGUGUUGAAGAAUUUUUGAAACAGCAGCCCAAAGGGAGCAAAAUCACCUCUCGACAGCUUCUGACAAGGGGAGAAAUUCGGGUCGAGGGUGAGGGUGUUUCUCACCAUUUUCUUGCCAACUCAAAGGAGCUGCCAGACGACGCCAUGGUUGAAAUGUGUUGGAUAGGUGUGCCAAGCGAUCCAGACGAUUUUGUUCAGCGAGCUUUGAGAGCGGGGCACCCACGAGGGUUGGAUGUCCAUGUGGAUGCAGCCAUGGCCUCAGUAGUGAAGGCAAACCUGGUUGACCCACCUUUUUGUUUGGCCAAGAAGCGAGUUGAGUUCAUGAAAAAGUGGACAGCGAGAGCCCAAGACCUGAAACUGGAGGAGGAAAAGUUCAGAGAAAAGAUGCCGGAACACGUCAGAAAUGUUCUUGGCAACAAGAAUGUGGAGGCUUUGCGCAAGCGACAAGAUGCAGAGCUGGAGGAGCAAACCUGGCAAGAGACAGAGGAAGAGUUGCGCAAAGGUUGGAUUUUCAUCGACGACUCAGAGGACGCUGAGAAGCUCAGAGGCAGGAUGAUCUUCUUCGAAGGUUUCACCUUUGGAAGAGUUGCUAACUCAUCCACGAAGUCUUUGGGACGCUUCUGUGGAAGCUCGAACAAGCCCAAACCUCUGGAUGCUGAGAUGACCAGGGCCCUUGAGUUUUUGCAGCAGAGAAUAAGCGAGGGUCGGCCGCUCAAAAUAGAGCGAAACUUGCACAGCACCUGGCUGGUCUUCACGGACGGCGCUUGCAAUCAGGAAGAAUUGAAAGGGUCGGUUGGUGGAGUCCUUUACGACCCAUCUGGAGCCUGCGUUGGAUACUUUGGUGUCCUGGCGAAGGGUGCGACCCUAACCAACAUUGAUUGGGAGAAGGAGCCACACCCCGAGCCCUGGAUCUCGGAAGGUGCAGCUUUGGGACGCCUUUGCAAUAGUCCUGAGCCUGUUUCCAAGUUCAGCGCCUCCAUGCGCACCACUCUGGAGUUUCUGCAGCAACGAGAUCAGUCGGUGGAGUCAUAUAUGACCCCAAUGGAAACUGCCUACAAUUUUUUGGGGAGCGAGUUCAACGUUCCCGACAGGGUCAUGGAUGACCUACUCGAGAGGUCGCAGAACCCGAUUCACGAACUGGAAGUCCUGCCGGUGGUAUAUUACAUCGACAAUGAGUCGCCUCGGAUGGCUUACAUCAGAGGUGACGGCGAAACUCAAAGAGCUGCUCAAAUGAUCCAUGCGUUUGUUCAGCAGGAGUCAGCCAUGCAGCAUAGAGUCUGGUUUGGGAGGGUGCCUAGCUACAGCAACCCGGCCGAUGGGCCCAGCAGGUUAGACUUCAAAGAAGUGCUAGAGCUCGGUGCCACCAAAACCAAUAUCAACUGGGAGCUGGUGAUGAAGCACCUUGAGUUGUGA